AUCAUAUAUAUAUUUAUUCAUAUGCAAGAAGCACAAGCUAUACUAAUCUUCAACUCUUACAAAAAAAAAACUGAUCUUGAACAAAAAAUCAAAAGCGUCAAUGGCAACUACUACUAGUCCAAAUGUUAUCACACUCAAGCUUCUGAUCGAUUCUAAGGGAAAAAGGGUCCUAUUUGCUGAAGCAGGAAAGGACUUCACAGAUUUCCUCUUCUCUCUUCUGUCCAUGCCAGUUGGUACUGUAACAAGGCUUCUGUCCACCAAUGGUAUUGAUAUGGUGGGUAGCUUUGGCAAACUCUACCAAAGCUUAGAAAAUCUAAGCGACACUUACAUCCAAUCUAAUUUCGAUAAAGAUAUCAUUCUUAAGCCCAAGUCUUCAAUAGUCCUGGGUGGUUCUGCCACCUCCAUUCUCUCCUUGACCAAUAAUAAUGUUACCACUUCUUAUCUUAACAAACAGCUCUACUCUUGUGGUAGAAAAAACAGCUCCACCUGUGUUGAGUAUGUGUCCGAUGACCCAAGAGCUAUUUGCCCUGGUUGUACAAGUAUCUUCAAUAAACUACUGACUUACUUGCCUGCUCCCCAAGCUUGUACUCAAGUGGGAUCAUCGUCAUCAUCAUUAUUUGGAUCAUCAACACCAGCAUUUGCAUCAUCAACGCCAGCAUUUGGAUCACCAUUUGCAUCACCAACACCAGCAUUUGGAUCAUUAUCAUUUGCAUCAUCAGCAUUUGGAUCAUCAACGCCAACUUCAUCAGCAUCGGCAUUUCCAUUUUCAUCAUCAAUACCAGCUUCAUCAGCAUCGGCAUUUUCAUCAUCACCAUCAUCGUCGUCAUCAUCAUCUGCAGCUAAACAGGAAGGUGGCAUUGUGAAAGGAGUGGUUACUUAUAUGAUAAUGGAUGAUCUGGAGGUGAAGCCUAUGUCUACCAUCUCCAGCAUAGCUUUACUUAAGUCCUUCAAAGUUACGGAGGUUGGUGCUCUUGAGGAGAAGACUGUUUCAGUGGGCAUUGAUGAGGGAUUGAGUUUGUUGAAGGCAUCUCUGCAGACUAAAACUGUUCUUACUCAUGUGUUCUUGGAGAACCCGAAUAAUUAA